UAUAGUUAUAUUUAACAUAUUUAAUAUUGUGAGUGGAGAUGAUGAGUGUUCAGUUGAUAGAAAUACACCGGCCGUUAGACUAAAAAAUUCACUUAUGUGUGGCUAUGACAAGACAAUGCGCCCCGUAAAGUUAAACGAAAAAACCAUCGUUGUUAAAUUCCAUUUAGUCUUAAAAUACUUCACAUACGAUAUUAAUUCUGAAAUUUUAAGUCUUGAUAGCUGGGUCACUGUGAGUUGGAUUGACCAGCACUUAAGAUGGACACCAAGUGACUACGAUAAUAUCAAACAGAUCCACUUGUCCAAUAGUGAUAUUUGGGUGCCUGAUUUAUCGGUUUAUAAUAGUCACGAUCAAAGCACAGACCCUGCAUUAAUUACUAAUACAAGGUGUAUAGUUAAUUACAAUGGAUUUGUGAUUUGCGUACCUAGUAGCCACGUGGACGCUCUCUGUGUGGCAGACUUGACAAAAUAUCCAUUUGAUACGCAAAACUGCACCGUUAGAUUUGGAUCGUGGGUCCACAAAGGUGAAGAACUGGACAUCAGAUAUAGAAAACCAAUACUUGUUUUGGAUGAUUUGGUACCAAAUGGCGAAUGGGAAUUGGAAAAAUUCAAUGCUUACAGAAAUCCUGGUCAUUAUGACUGUUGCCCUAACAGUACUUACCCCACAGUGACUCUAAGCUUAAAAAUUAAUCGUUUACAUGGUGCUCAUACAGCAAGUGUGAUCAUUCCUGCAAUUGUUGGAAUUAUAUUGACAAUUACCUCAUUAGUGAUGAAACCAGAUAAAGACAGACUCACGUUAUGUUUGGCGAAUUUAAUAGCUCAGUUCCUCCACAUGCAAUAUGUUUCGUGGAUGAUUCCCUUGAAAGGAAAUGUGGUGCCACAACUCAUUGUCUUGGCAAGGGAUUCACUUUUACUUUGUGCACUCACCAUAGUCUUCACAAUCGUUAUUAAGAGCUUAUCGGAAAAGAAAACCACUCCACCUGUUUGGAUGUCCAGCACUAUAUCAUUUGUGAUAAGUUGCAAAGUUGGGCAAUUUUUAAUUCUCAAUGAUCACUCAGUCAGGGGUGUAGCAACAGCCAAAGGUGAAGAAGAUGGAUCAACAAUCAUUGACAACACUGAAGAUCACAGCACCACAAAUUCUCAAGAUUGGAGGAUAUUUGCCUCAAUUUUAGAUAGAUUAAUAUUUUUAUCAUACGUAAUUGUCUAUUUCACUCUAGUAAUCGCAUUCAUUCCAUAAUAUUUACCUUUUUUCAAAAUUUUCUUGAUACUGAAUUUAAUAUUUAAAGCAUUUGUAACUAACGUUAUUUUUCUCAAUUUCACUAACGACAAAAAGAAAAUAAAUGUUGAUU